AUGGAAGAUGGGGCUCAGGCCAACCCCAAAGAGUUCAGGAAGAAGGGGCUGGGUAGACCCCUAUCCUGGAAGACGUCAGUGGAGCAGACUGGGAUACUCUUCCCCCGGGUCGCCUCUUUUUUGAAUGCCACCAGGUCCAUCCCCGGCAUCAGGAAGUUAUUCACAAUCACUAUUCUAGCAGGCAGUGUCUUGCCCAUGGUCCAUGGAGGUCUGCUGAACUUGAAGUCGAUGGUAGAAACCAUCACAGGGAGAAGUGCCAUCCUCUCCUUCGUGGGCUAUGGCUGCUACUGUGGGCUAGGUGGCCGGGGUCAGCCCAUGGAUGAAGUGGACUGGUGCUGCCAUGCCCAUGACUGCUGCUACCAGAAGCUGUUUGACCAGGGGUGCCACCCCUUUCUUGAUCGAUACGAAUUCUCCAUCGACAACAAGACCCAGACCAUCACGUGCAGUGAGAAGAACGAGACGGCGUGUGACAAGCAGACCUGUGAAUGUGACAAGAAUGUUGUCUUGUGCCUCAACAACCAAACCUACCAUGAGGAGUACCGCAAUUACCUCAACAUUUACUGCAAGGGAAACACUCCAUCCUGUAGCAUCUAUGAUCCUCCGCCGGUGGAGAUUGAGUGUAGACACAUCCCUAAGAUGCCACCUCCACCUACCUAA